CUGUGUGGAAGUUUCCCUGCAAGUUGAGAAAGACGAGGGGAGUGCUGCGAGCGGAGCGGCACAAGUCACCAGGAAAAAAACACCGGAGACACAACAAAAAAACAAUCAACAACAACAAAAAAAAACUGAUUGAAGCGCGUUUUCAUUUAAGUUUCCUCUGAAAUUAAAGCGGUGGCUCUCAUCGGUGUUUGUGGAGUUACCUCACAGGAGAGAGAGAGUCCUCAUCAGAGCCAGACUGGAAUCACUGAUCGACCUUUGAACUAAAGCCAAGUGACAUCAUUGACAGUCUGAACAGAGACUGUUCUCCCACUAUCACCUCCCCCUCUGUCGCUCUUGGCCGCCUCUAUGCUCAUCAACCUGACAGUGGCCAUCAAGGAAACUCGUGUCUUUCAUGGAACACAGCCUGCCCACCCCAUCGCUGCCCCUGAAGCUGUGGAAGUGACGGCCAUGGAUUCACGUCCAGUGCUGGUCGCCCCUCCACCGCCUCCCCUAGCGCCUCCGCCACCUCCGCCUCCUCCACCUCCUCCCCCACCUCCACCUGCAUCCUCCUCGUCCUCCUCCUCGCCUUUUAGCAGGGCGGACAGUGCCCGUCGGAGCCGGCUGAGGAAGCUGAACUGGGAGCGUAUCCCCAAAGAGAAGGUAGAGGGAAGGAAGAGUGUGUGGAGCGGGGCGGCCCCAGACGAGGAUGAGUUCCCCAUUGACCUCCAUUCACUGGAUGAGCUGUUUGGUCAGAAGGACAGUAAGCCUCAUGACCGAACCAGCACUCUGAGACGCCGGUCUGCUCUGCUGCGCUGCAGAUCCCCCCAGGACAGCUCAGAAGAGAUCUCCCUGUUGGACUCCAAACGCAGUAUGAACAUUGGAAUAUUUCUCCGCCAGUUCAAGAUGCCUGCUAAAGAGAUAGUUGAGGAUAUCAGGCAAGGUGCUGGGGACCGUUACGGAGCGGAGAAGCUCACAGAGCUUUGCAAAUUGCUGCCUGACAGUGAGGAGGAGUCCCGCCUGAGGAGGUUCAGUGGGGAGCGGAGCUGGCUUGGAGAGCCUGAUCUUUUCAUGCUGCUGCUGGUGGAAGUCCCCAGUUUUCGGCUUCGUCUGGAUGCCAUGAUCCUGCAACAAGAGUUUGACCCUGCUGUGACCUCUCUGUGUGUGGCAGCCAGAUGUCUGAGGGAGGCGGCCAGAGAACUGCUGAGCUGUCCUGAAUUACACUCCAUCCUUCGUUUGGUGCUGAAAGCUGGGAACUAUAUGAAUGCUGGUGGAUAUUCGGGGAAUGCCGCUGGUUUCCGAAUUUCAUCGCUGCUCAAACUGGCUGACACCAAAGCCAACAAGCCGGGCAUGAAUCUGCUGCACUUUGUAGCUAUGGAAGCUGUGAAAAAAGACCAGAGUUUACUGUCAUUUCCCAGCCAACUAGGCCAUGUUGGCUCCGCCUCCAGGUUGUGUGAGGAGUCUGUUCUGGAGGAUUUAUCCAAGUUAAAAAGCAGAGUGGUUGCCCUCAAGGCAAACAUCCAGACUGAGGCAGAGAUUCAGCAGCACACACAACCUUUCCUGGAGGUGGCUGAGGAGCGUCUGAAGGAGGCAGAGGAUGAGGUGGAAGGCAUGAGGAUGUCGAGUCAGGCUCUGGUGGAGUUUUUUUGUGAGGACGACAGCACUUUUAAACUUGAGGAGGCAUGCAGAGUCUUCCAUUUGUUUUGCCAUCGCUUCCAAAGAGCUGUCCAGGAGAAUGCAGAGCGGGAGCUGAAGGAACAGAAACGUCUGCAGCGUCAACGUGAGAUGGGGGAGAAGCGCCGCUCUCUGGCCGUUUGUACAGGGCUGGACCUGAGCCUGAGCCUUGCCAGAGAGCCUCACAAUCAGGAAAACCAAGAUGAACUGGAAAAACUCUUAGAGAAGAACCUUAGCUACACUUGGAGUCGUCGUAGCCUGAGAAGCUCUGACUCCCGCAGACACUCACACCACCUUCACAAUGACAUGUUAAAGAGCUUCCCUGAGUUGGGCAGCAGCCCGACAUCCACCAGUUGUCACUCAAACAGCUCUUCAGACCACGAGACCACCACUGUGCUUUGUAGCUCUCCAGAAACUGAUGGCACAUGUUCCCCCACUGACCAAGAACCUGUUCUGAGUAGAGGGAGCGGGGCUCAGCCCAGCCAGACAACCAGCCGGAGCAUGAAGGCAGUUCAGGACUCACGCGUUGCUACAUUUAGUCAUUCUCAGCACGGACGGGGCUUCACAGUCAAACAACAGGGGCCCGAGAGCAUUUCCUAUGUGAUGCACAGCCAGCCGAAGGAAACGGGACUCGUUAAGGAAGCUGAGAUUCCACAUGAACACAUGGCUUCGAUGAACACAGAAACUUCACCCAGUUCCUGUACAAACUCUGCUGCUAUAAAUACUGAUGCAUCUGCCCUCUGUGUAAAAACCCAGACCUCUACUCACAGACAUAGGUUUGGCCUGCAAGUAACAGACAAUAAUCGCCAUCUUGAGAGUAAAUCUAAUGACUCUUCUGUCAAUGAGCUGGUACCUCAGGCUGUUCAUACGAGUGGAAUACUUUCUCAUAGUGAUGCCAGGGCUGGGCUAUUGAGGUACCAGAGAUCUGAGAGUGAAUCUCAGUCUUCUCUAAAUGCUCCAGAUAAAGCCCAGUCACACCCACAGACCAGAGAGAUGCAUGCUGUGACAAGUGCUGUGAUGCCUUUGCCUGAUGCAGAUCUAACAAAGCAGACAGACACAGAAGUUGCAUCCACACCUGUGGACGACAACUGGAUGCCCUCCAGUCUACCAGAGUUCAGCCAGUCACAGCCAGAGGAGUACACUGAUUUUCCAGGUCCAGACAGGGAGGUUGCGAGGUCAUACUCCCGUGUUGGUGAAACACUGGAGUGCCACACUUUGGUGAAAGGCCUCAGAUCCUAUGACGCCUUGUCACCUCCAACCUCUCCACUCCCACGCCCCGCACCAAGCCUUUGCUCCAAGUGGAGGAAAGAGAGGGAGGUUGACCUUCGAGAGGGGACAACUCCAGGGUCUCCUACAUCAAAGGAGGAAAUUCAAACCAUGAAGAUCCCUGUGCGUAGUGGGAUAGGAUCCAAACGGGGACUUGUGUCACGUGCAGGACCUUCCAAUAGCACAGGGAUCCCCAGGGUCCGCAGCAAAACUGAGCCUUCAAAUGGUGCACCGGCCCCUACAAACCCACCCACUCCUAGCCGGCUGUCUACUCCUCGCAGCGUGUCAAUGCGCUCGUCUCCCAUCACUCGGCCUGCCACCAUUCAAGCAGAGGUGAAACGAAGUAAUAGCACUCGGGAGAGGACUGUAAAUGAGCCACAGACUGCAGGAAAGCCUACCCUGGCCCGCAGGACCUCGGACAGAUCCGUACCAGAGAAGGUCUCAGGCAGCAUCCAGCCAGCCUUUGUCAGAGGGACUCCUCUCCGCGUGUCAAAACGACUUGCCCCAAACUCUGAGACUCAGGUUUCUUCCCAGCCUCGCACUGCCCACAGCCCAUCCUCUGCCACGGCCAAGACAAUACGCACGGCUGUCAUAUCUGCAGCCCGAAAUAAAACUGCCAAGACCACAAGCACAGCUGCCUCUCCUGCCAGCUCUAAAAUCCCUACAGCUUCACGGAUACCUGGUCCCAAAAUGCCUCGAGCUACUGCAUCUCAACCACUGUGGAGGUGAUGGACAUGAAUAAGUGCCCAUACUGUGCAGUUUAUAAAAUCUUUUCAUGCCUUUUACGUAUUUCAGUGUAAUAUAUGCAAUGUGGGUAUUCACAAAUUAUGUGAGUCAUCAGUCAGAUGAUUUCUGGUUUGAAUCAGCCUCAACUGUAGUCCAUCUAAAUUCAACUUUUAUGAAAGGAGUAUGUUUGUAUGUAGUUCUGAGUGCUUAGGGUCUACAUGUGUGAUAUAGAGCUGCACUGGGAGCAUCUGGGAUACUUUUAUCUCUCACCGACCACUAGAAAAGAAGAAUAGAUUAUUUAAAUCCUACCUCUUUUUUGCAUCUGUUCGUGUCCUUUGCAGGCAAUAGGACACGACAAAAAGACCCAUGUUCAUGUGUUAAACAGUUUAACAUAUAUUUCAUGUUAGUAAAAUGGAUUCAACAUAGUGGCUGUGUGCUUUGUAAGGACUGUGAUUUGGGAAACGGUUUCAAUCACUCUGGCAUAGAAUUUUUUUUUUUUUUUUUAAGGAAGUUGUCCAAACGAUUUUGAAUACUGUGACCCUUCUGAUAAGUGAUCAUUGUGUUCUGACACUUUACUGUCUCACAGUCUGGACUUAACUCGGUACACUAUUGAACUGUUCAUCCUCUUGCUGAGAGGCCUCAUCGUUCGAAUGCACUUUACAAACUGAAGAAGAGGCUGCAAGGAGAUAAUUACUGUAAUUUUUGUUUUAUAUCAAAAUAUUCUAUAACUUUAUUGAAUAGCAUUGGUUGUUAUUCACUGCACCAUGUGGAUUUGUAAAUAAGAAGAUGAAUAAAGAUGGUGAUCUGAACAGA